ACCCGAUUAAAGGCUCCAGAAGAGCGGUCUUCUUCCUCCUCCCGUAAUCUCAAGCCACCCACUUCCGCUUUCACAUUCUGUUCCGAGCCGUCUCUCAAGGCGGGCGAAGGCAAAAUCGCCUGUCUCUUCAUCUUUUUCCUCUGUCUCCCCCCAUCUUCGGAGGCACAAACGUGGGUCAAGUCCGGUUACUUCUACGCCGGCAACGAAAUCCCGGUCUCAGACAUCGAUUCCUCUUUGUUCUCUCACCUCAUAUGCGCUUUUGCUUACAUCGACUCUUCGACCUAUCAGCUCUCCGUCAACUCCUCCACUGAGCAAUCCUUCUCCACCUUCACGAGCACCGUGAAACGCAAGAACCCUUCGAUCACCACGCUGCUAUCAGUGUGGGCAGCAGCGUGGGCAGGCCGAGAGGAUCCUUCAGCUUUCGUUUCGAUGCUCAGUGAGUCUUCUUCAAGAAGGUCCUUUAUCGAGUCUACCAUAGAAAAGGCAAGGCUUUAUGGGUUCAGUGGGGUUGAUCUCUGUGGGGUCUUGCCCAGUAGGAGCAUUAACAUGACCAAUUUGAGUGCCCUUUUGCGGGAGUGGAGAGAUGCUGUAGAUGAAGAAUCAAGAAAAUCUGGGAAACCUCCGUUGCUGCUAGUAAUGGCCGUGUAUUGUCAACCCAUUUUUAACUCCGUGAGUUACCCACUUGACUCAAUUCAGAGAAAUUUGGAUUGGGUUCACCUAAAUGCGUAUGAUUACCAUCUCCCCACCAGGGAAAGAUUUGCGCUCCCUCACGCAGCUUUAUUUGAUCCAGCAAGCCAGAACAACACAGACUUCUGCAUAACUUGGUUGCUGACUAGACGAUUUCCUGCAAGAAAGCUGGUUCUGGGCUUGCCCUAUCAUGGCUAUGCUUGGCAGCUUCAGGAUUCGAGCGCCGAUGCCAUUGGCCAUCCAGCAGUGGGGCAUGCUGUGACGGCGGAUGGGUCAUUUGGAUACAAGGCUAUAAAAUCUUAUGUCCGAGAUUCUGGUUAUGGAGCCAGUCCUGUUUAUGAUGGUACAUAUGCGGUGAAUCUUUUCAGAAAGGGAUCGGUAUGGAUCAAUUUCGAUGAUGUGGAGGCCAUCCGAGCCAAAGUAACUUAUGCCAAGGAAAAGGGGCUCCUUGGUUACAGUGUGUUUCAGGUUGGCAAUGAUCAGAACUGGGUCCUUUCUCGGACAGGUUAG